ACGAGACUGACACACACGUCCCCGGCCGAUCGUCUCUGUUUCUUUUUUUUUUUCCGUUUGAUUUGUUUUUUUUGUUCAGUGACCGACAGGGCCACAAACGGAUUUCUUGUUUGUUCAUCCGCGAAAUAAAUUUAACCCUCACAUCGCAAAACUUGUGUUUUUCUUUAUUUGUUUUGUCGUGUGAAACCUCUACCUCAACAUCACCGCACCCACGCGGCCUUCACUAGGCCCGCAUCAACUGGCUCCCCGUACAGGAAUCACCGUCGGAAUAGCACCAAUGGAGCGUACACCAUCAACGACACCCAGCACCCUCCAACAAGCGGCGGAACUGCUGGAACGCAGCCAGCAGCUGCUGAGGUCAGCCAGCUUGGAGGAGGGCACGAACACCACCACGGCGGCACGGGUCCGCCAGAUGACCACGGCGCAGCUGCAGCGGGACCCGGUACUGUGGGCAGCCUACACGCGGGGGUGGGUCGACCGCACAGCCGUGUUCAUGAAAGCGACAAGCGGGGAACCCACAACCAUGGUGAGGCACAACAGGUCACGCAGCCCCAGACGGGCGACACGACCGGUAGCCACGGCACGACCCGCGGCCACAACUCGACCGGCGCCACCAACGUCGACAACUCGGGCACCCGUGAGGCUGCCACCCCGACCAUUAAUGGAGAGACCGACACCAGCGCCAAGGACGUCGACCAUCCCGCCGCCAGGAACGCUCGUCAACCCGCUGCCAACACCAAACACCACCACCGAGACAACAACACCGGCCACGCUCAACGCCCGCCAGCGCCGGAACAAGCAGCGGAUGCGGGACUACAAGGCCAAACAGACGUCCCAACAACACCGCCUGGAAAAACCGGGGUCAACAGCAACCCCCGCCCCGUCACAACCAGAGCCUGCGACACCAGACCUCACCGUGGCCACGGUGCCGGAGGUGACAAACACUUCCGGAACAACCGGAACCGCGGAAAACCUAACAGCCGCUCACCCUCAAACCGCGGAUAUGGAAAUAUCCCCGGAAGAGGAGGCGGACCUGUUAGGUGAGACGGACGCAGGCACGGCUGGAACUGAAGACAUGGAGGUCAGCCUCAUGUACUUCAGUCCCCCCACGUCCCCCCAACGUGCCUAGACACCACCAGGGCCACGCCCGCUGAACACAGCUGGAAAAGCGUACCCACGGACAGGUGUCUACCACAACCACCCUUCACACACACCCUUUGACGACACCGGCAACGGCCGGAACACCACCGCCGUUGGCGGUUUGGGGGGGGAGUAUGACGCGGUCCCGCGUAAUAGCUGUUUGAAUUCAAAUAGCCUUUUACGCGGAAAGCCGCGCUACGCUUCUCAAACAAACCGCCAAUCGACGACGGACGACGCCAGCGCGCGACACCCGCGCUGUGAACCGUCGGCCGGCCGUUGGGUGAACCGGAUUAUAAAGUCACCAGUUUUUACCGACGACCCGCACGAGACUGACACACAC